GAGCUGCCUUCCCAGUGGGAGGGGUGAGAGAUCUUUGUGCUUCUCUCUGUACCCAGACCGGAUAGAGGGAAAGGCUGAACCCUUCCUGUAACUGCCUUAUUCUGUGUCCCUGGGCUGCUGGGUUCUCCAGAGAUGGAACCAAGGAGGUUAGAGGGGAAAUGGGAGAAUGAAGAGCCGGACACUGAGGAGCCUCUGCCCACAAUAAAGAGGGAAAUGGAUCCCGUUCCUGGGGCCGCUUCCCCAUUGGCUGAAUCAGAAAUAUUACAGAUAAAGAUAAAGGAGGAAGAACCGGACCCUGAAGACCAUCAGAACCCAAUGGAAAGCUCAGCAGCGCCACUUACUGAUGGGGCUCUCUCCUGUUUGUUGUUAUUAGGGGGGUACAUGAAGGCGGAACCCAAUUUAGACUCUGCUGAACUGCCCAAACCAGAGACUGACUCGGAGUCCGGCACAAGAGAUGGCGAUUGCUUAACAAGCUCUGAUGGAUCAGGUUUUAUCUGCUAUAAGUGUGGGGAAACCUUCUCUGGGAAUAGUCACCUUCUCACCCACCUCUGUGGGACAUAUGAGAUUAUUCCCCCUGGGGCGGAACCAUUCAUGUGCACGGAAUGUCUAGAAAGUUUUUCUACCCAUUCCCAACUUUUGACACAUAUCCAAAUUCACACUCUGAAGAAACCAUUCCCCUGCACAGAAUGCGGAAAAAGCUUUACUACAAAGGGCAACCUUCAAGCGCACCAGAGAAUUCACACAGGGGAGAACAUUAUCACCUGUACAGAAUGUGGGAAAAGUUUCACUGAAAUGCGCAUCUUUCUUGUCCACCGGAGAAUUCAUACAGGGGAGAAACCAUUCACCUGUGGAGAAUGUGGGAAAAGUUUUAAUGAAAAGUGCAACCUACUUGUACACCAGAGAAUUCACACAGGGGAGAAACCAUUCACCUGUACAGAAUGUGGGAAAUGUUUUUCUUUCCCCACUAGUUUGAUUAAACACAUUAGAAUUCACACAGGGGAGAAACCAUAUACAUGUGCAGACUGUGGUAAAGCAUUCUCUCAAAAAAUCAACCUUCAGAAUCACCAGAAUAUUCACACAGGGGAGAAACCAUUCACCUGUUCCGAAUGUGGAAAAAGCUUGGCUUGUAAGGGCAGUCUUGAAAGGCACCAAAUGAGUCACAUUGGUGUGAAACCUUUUACCUGUACGGAAUGCGGGAAAAGUUUCACGGAAAAGAAUAGCCUUCGGAAACACGAAAGAAUUCACACCGGAGAGAAACCGUUCAGUUGCAUAGAAUGCGGGAGAAGUUUUAAUUUGAAACACAACCUUGAAAAACAUAAAAAAAGUCACACGGGAGAGAAACCGUUCACCUGUACAGAAUGUGGGAGGAGCUUUACUAAAAAGAGCACCCUUCAUAUUCAUCAGACUAGUCACACUGGGGAGAAACCAUUUACUUGUACGGAAUGUGGGAGAGGUUUCACUGAUAAGAACAACCUUAAAAAUCACAAAAGAAUUCACACUGGAGAGAAACCAUUCACCUGUACAGAGUGUGGGAAAUGUUUUACUGAAAGGGGGGCCCUUCGUGUUCACAAAAAAGUUCACACAGGGGAGAAACCAUUCCAGUGCACAGAAUGUGGGAAAUGUUUUUCUGUAAAGGGCACCCUUCAUAAUCACCAAAGAAUUCACACUGGGGAGAAACCAUUCAUCUGCACAGUAUGUGGGAGGAGCUUUACUGAUAAGAAUAACCUUACGAACCACCAAAGGAUUCACACCGGGGAGAAACCCUUCAUCUGCAUGGAAUGUGGGAAAUGCUUUUCUGCAAAGAGCAACCUGCGCAGGCACAAACAAAUUCACACCAGGAAGUGAUAUUACCUGUGCACGGCCAGGUUGCCUAGGGCCCGGCACUGGUGUGGGACUCUGUGGGGGGAUUCUGUUGUGAUUCUGACGGUGUAGAUUUAACACUACAUUACCCGGUAUACAUAGCAAAUAAUUUAUUCUACAAUUAAAAAUGUUAUUCUCAAACCAAUAAAUGUAUU